CAAGAACAACUUGACCUCCCUUCCUAGAGACUUCAGUGCUGACAUGCCGCUUCUACGAUCGGUCACCGUCGAGCACAAUCAGAUCACAACAUUCCACCCGGACACGUUUGCUCCUCUCACUCUCAACGAGGCUAACAGAGUUCGUUUCAUCGGAAAUCCGCUGCACUGUGACUGCAAGCUGGCAUUCGCAUUGCAAUACCCACCCAGCUGGCUCAAUGCAAAUUGCAAAACGCCGGAAGCUCUUAAGGACCAACCGCUCAAGGAUAUCACUCAGGAACAGUUGACUUGCACUGACGGUGCAUAAAUGUAUUUGCAAAGCUCCGUCCCUCAAAGCGCUACAAAGAAACUGACAUCUUUAAAGAACAAAUCCAGCCAAUACCGAAAUAUCUUGUAUCCCUGCCUUAUAUUUUAAGUAUGCUGUAACAUCCAGAAUUACUUCGUAAGCCAAGCACGAAAAACUGUGAUAGUGGGAUGACGCUGGAAUUAGUAUAUUCCAGUGCACUUACCGGAGGCUUGCCAUGUUUAGUUUACAGUACGCGAGUGAAUGUUCAAUAAAGAGGUCAUUUCUGUA